AUGUCCGUUAGAAGGAGCUUGGCGUUUCAGCCCGAUAUCUUAGAAUGGCUGACCCAGCAGAAGCACCUUGUGCGCGCUCUUCAAAAGGAGCGCUAUAAGAUGGAAAAGGGCUUUGUUGCAUACACAAAAGAUUUUAUCGAACUUGUUCGCUCAACAAGAGCCUCGAAAAAGACGAAUGGGGCGCAGACCCCAGAGCAGGCAAAGUCAGACAGCACAUCCCGCGCAUUAGAUCAGUUUUACGAAUCAGAGGAGCUCAUAAAGCGGAUGAAAUGGAAGCGCGUCACCUGGGAUGACGAUGCGGAUUAUACUAGCUUUUCAAAGCGAAUUCUGGACAACGACUCCAUGUUCAAGCGCACAGCAGCGUUUUCUUUCCUGUCUAUUCAUGUCGUGAAGGACUCUUGCAGCACCGAUCUCGUAAACAUCCCGCUUGCGGAGAAAAUAAUCACAGCUGGUACUCUCACUAACUGGUUACUCCAAGAACGCGAGCCAAAAGUUGUGGACGUGUACCCUGUUCGCGAAGCAUCGGAGCGCCGCAGCGCUUUUUACGUGGACUGGACCUCGGGUGCUGUCAAGAUUUUAGAUACGGCUUCGGCGCAAGAAAUUUUGACAUUCUUGUCAACCGUUGCGCCUCGUUUGCAAGCCGUACAGCUGAUCAUGGAAGACCAACAAACUCGGCAGACGGCCAGCAUUGAGAACGUGCGCGUUCGAGUGGGGGCCACACUGAAAUUCAACUCAUUCGAGACAAGCUUUUGGGAUGACCCAACACGGAAAACUAGCCCUGAGUUUGUUAACCCUGAUGACUUGGAGCAGUUCCUCUCAGGGAUGUUAAAAUCUGCAUUUCUGUACCGGUGGUUUUUGAAGGGGCAAGAAAUCAGAGUCAUACCACCAGGUCGGCCUUACUACAUCGACAUGGAGAAGAAAGAAAUUCAGAUUCCUGCCAACUUUGCCGAGUACAAUUGGCUGAAGGCACACUCGCAUUUUGAGGCAGUCGAAAGAGUGGUUGACAGUUUUCGUCGUUUUUGGUGGUUUUGGUUUUGUUUUGGGAUGAUUCUUGUUGGCGACGUGGAGUUGGUAUAG